AUGUUAUUUGGGUCGUCGCCUUCUUCUUCAUCUGGCUUCGUCUCCUGUAGCCUCAGAGACUUCCGUCGCAGAGCAGUUCGUCCCCAGCUGCUUGCUUUUAAUGUUUUCCUCUCCAAUCAGGCAUCAUCCCCAUUUAUCACCGGAACGCUCCUACUUUUCCGGCCAUGGCCUUCUUGAGUAGAUUCAGACAAUCAAAAACUAAAUUUAACAUUUUCUUCUGCAAUUCCAAGAGAUGCUAUAUUCUUAAUUACCAGUCCACAGUAGCUAGUCUUGACAUUCGUUCUCGCACUUUAUUCCCGGUAUUGAAUAGUCCUAAUUCCACCAAGCACAGUAUCUUUUCUGACUUUUGCAGCAAUAUCAGGUUCUAUGCAGCGCCGAUUCAGUUCCAGGCCAACCAGAAGAAAGAAGAAAGGGACACAAGUGGCCCUAGGUUGAACGAGGAUAUUACAGCUCCGUCUAUUAGACUUGUUUCGGAUGAAGGUCACAUGGUAAUGUCGAGGUAUGAAGCAUUGACACGGGCCAGAAGCCAUAAGCUGGACUUGGUUGAGGUUGAUAGACAUGCCAUACCACCUGUGUGCAAAAUUUUUGACUACCAUAAAGAAAAGUACCUUCACCAAACAAAGGAAAAGGAACGUGCUAAAAGCAAGACUACACUGAAGGCAGGAUCUGUUAAAGAAGUACGAUUUGCUGCUAAGAUUAAACCGAAAGACCUUCAAAUAAAAGCUGAUAUGGUUAAGAGACUCAUGGAAAGUGGCCAUCGAGUGAAGUGUACAGCCAUUGAGCCAACAGAGAAUAUGGACUUGGAACACCUGAUAUCUACUUUUUCUGCUUUGAUUAAAGACAUAGCUGUUGAAGAAACUGGACCACAGAUUGAAAAGAAACAGGCUUACAUUGUUGUAAGGCAUGCCAAGUUUGGACCCCCUAAAAAGGCAGGAAAGAAAGCUUCUAAGGCUGCUGUCUCUCCAAACACUAGCAGUCAAUCCAGUAAAAACCAGCCAUUCCAAGAUGAUUGUGAUGCUAUAGAAGGUGGCUCAGAUACUGGGGAAGAUGAAGUCCACGCUACUAAAUCUCAAUCGGCUGUUUCUGAUGGAGGUGACAGUAGCCACUCAGCUUUUUAUUUCACUGAUGAAGAGAAUAUGGUGCCUAAGAGCCCCACAAAUGAUCAAUCAACAGUGUCAUCGAGGUCAUCACCCUAUGUUAUGGAUGAAAACCCGAUACAUAUAGCUGAGUCUGCAGCUACCCGGGCACCAUCAUCACCUUCAUUUGGGGUAAACAGGUAUGCAAGAGAUCCUGCUCCAGUAAGGGCUCCUCCUCAGCAGGCAAAGGAAAACAGAUAUGCACGAGAUGGUACACCUGGAAGACCGCCAUCAAGAAUUCCUGUAAGUGCCGGUGGCAAUGGUGGGCAGUUUCCAAACAGAGGAAGGCAACAGGAGUACAGAUUGCCUCAACAAAGACCACCUCAGCAAGAUGCUUUUGGCUCCAGCCCUGCCAAUUCCCCAUCGAAAAACUAUGGUAUUUUUAGCUCAGGCAACUCUAAUCCUACAGGCAAUGAACAAAAUGCAUCCCCAGAUAUGAACAGAUACAGGAAAAAGUGAUUCCCAGGUGUGGUGCAAGAGCUUCCAGCAGCACAAGAGAGGCCUCAUCCCCCACAUGGAGUCGAUGAUCCUCCAUGCUACUAUUGUUGGUGCAGAUAGUUCGAAAGUGAUUCUCAAAUGUGAUGGAAAUCCCGAGUUGAUGGUGAUGAUGAUAUCUCAUCAAAUUCUUUUUGUAAAUCUGUAGCCCAAUUAUAGCUUGAGUGAGAGAGCAUUGGAUACGUAGUAGGGCAGCUGUAGUUGUGUUCCAUAAAAAUAUACACUUAGGUUUUGAGUUUUAUGUUCCGGUUGACUUAAAAUUAUUAUUAUUAUUAUUAUUUUAA